UCCCACCACAUAACUCGAACAAGCACCAACUACAGUAGUGUACCACCAACCACCAACAUGACAAUCGACGUAACCGCUCUUCUCGUCGACCUCAAAGCCCGAGUCACCACACACCCUCCACCCAACGACUGGGAGUCCAACGAGCCCACCCUCCACCAACGCGACACCCUCGCCGCCCUCCUCUACGCCACAGCCCGCCGCUACAACUCACUCCUCCAGGAAACCAGCGCCCAACAACCCACCCGACCACCAUUCCCCUUCCUCCGUCUCCCCCGCGAGGUCCGCGACGCAAUCUACAUCCACGCCCUGCGCACUCCCUCAUUUCACAUCAACAUUGAAUCUCCGGACGCCAGAUUCCCGCCAUGCACAGCAUUAUUCGCGAACCCCCACAAACCCGCCUCGCCGGGCCUCCUACUCGUCAACAAACAAAUCCACGCUGAAGCCGCUGACACACUAUACGGCGCAAGCAACACAUUCCGCUUCUACACACCCGACGCAAUGCGCGUGUUCGACUCCCGCAUCGGAGCCGCUAAUUGCGCGCGCGUGCGCCGGAUCAGCAUCUGCUCGCUCUUCCCGAAUACUUAUGUCGAGGAUGCGAAGACGGUGGAAUGGUAUUCGCGGCACACGGAACGCUUGAGGCAUAGGACUAUGGGUUUGAUUACGCCUAAUUCUACGCCUGCGGCGUGGUGUAUGGCGCUGAAGACGAGUCGGUUUGAGUGUGUUACGUGGUUUGGGGUUGAGGCGGAUAAGUUGGGGUGGCAGGCGCCGUUGGGGAAGAUGCGGAUGCCGCUGUUUUUGAAGGAUGCUAUUGUCAAGUUCUGGGAGAAGGGUAGGGGUGCUGAAGAGAGGAUUCCGAUGCGUGUUGAUUUGUUGGGGUUCCGGGAUGAGGAUAAGAGCGUGUUUCCUGACGGGUGGGAUGUGGUGCUGGAAGAGUGGGAUAAGUAUAAGAAGAUUGCGGAUAAGGUGAGGAUGGAAAUUGCGAGGGCGCAGUGA